AUGGCCUCCGUGAACUUUGGGAUGUUGUUUGUCGGACGCUUGGUGUCAGGCAUGGGAAUCGGUCUCUCGGCACUAGCCCCCGUGUUCCUGGUUGAAAUCUGUAACCCGGACUCCAGGGGUGCCUUUGCCGUGAUUUACCCCCUGUUCAUCACUUUCGGACAGCUUCUGUCGACUGGGUGGCAGCUGCUCCACAUGCGAAUUGUUGACAAUCUCGACGAGUUCGGAAAGCCCUUUGCGCUCAACGACAUGGAUAAGUUCAUAUGGCGUGCCGCUCAGGGUUUGCCAAUAAUUUGUUCAGUGAUCGGCCUCGUCUUGAUCCACUUUGUGUUCACCUACAACACGCCCUGCGAGCUCAUCGCAGCCGGAAAGACCGAUGAGGCUCGCGACCUCAUUGCCAAGUUGCACGACGUGAUAUUGGUCGACAAGAUAUAUAACGAGUUCGACAGGGACCAGGAGGUCGCCAAGACCACGCCGAACAUUCCGUUCAUAAAGGCUAUAAGGAACCCCAAGUACAGAAAGCCCAUAGUUCACUCUUUCGUCCUUGCGGCUCUCCAGCAGCUCACUGGUAUAACUAUUCUCACAUCGAAUGUAGCUGAAUUAUUUGCCCAGUUCAUGGGAAGGACUUAUAAGUCGACGGUUAUGUGUUCGCUCAUCAACAUAAUCAACUUUAUAUGUACCAUAGUUUUGUCUCUCAUCAUCAACAAGUACGGUAGAAAAACUCUGCUCACGUAUGGUAUGGCGGUGUCGACGCUCUUCUGCACUCUCGCCGCAUUCAGUAAGCCGAUUGGUAAGGAGGCUUCGUGGGUUGGAAUAAGCACUGCAGUUGGUUCUUUCGGCUUUGUUUUAGGUUUUGCACUUUCCAUGGGUGGUGUCACUUGGGUUUACUUAUCCGAGGUGUACGCUAAUGAGUAUAAAAACGGCGCCUACAGUAUUGCCGUUUUCAUUAACUGGAUGUGCGCCUCCAUUUCCCUCAUUAUCUCCGAGUUUCUGAUUUCUUAUUCUGAGGUUCUUGUUAACGUGAUUCUCUUUGGCUUCUGCAUCUUCAACCUUAUUUACGUCAUCAUAUUCAUUAAGGAAACCAAAGGAGUACCACCGGGCAAGGCAUAUGAUUAA